CUUAAAGAAUUUAAUUGGACCAGAGUGGGUACCAUCUAUCAAAAUGAACCUCGCUAUUCAUUAGCUCAUAACAGGUUAGUGGCCGAUUUGGAUACUUUUGCGUAUCAAGUAGUAGAAACUCAAAGUUUUACCAACGAAGUUACCAAUGCUUUGAUGAAACUAAAGGAAAAAGAUACCAGGGUAAUUUUAGACUUUAAAGGUAAUUUCAACGAAUACUGGGCAAGCAAGAUUUUCUGCGAGGCCUACCGACUCGAAAUGUUCGGUAGAAAAUAUCAAUGGGUCAUAAUGGGCACUUAUACGGAAGAGUGGUGGAAAAGUUUAGAUCCGGAAUCGAAUUGUACCACCGAACAAAUAGAAACUGCACUAGAACAAACAAUUUUAACCGAUUUACUACCGUUAAGUACCAGCGGGGAAAUUACCAUCUCUGGAUUUACAGCAGACGAAUACAAGGAAGAAUACGAUUCGCGUAGGGGAAACGAAUUUUCAAGAUUUCAUGGUUACACAUACGACGGCAUUUGGGCAGUAGCCCUGGCAAUACAGCAUGUUGCACAUAAAAUCCGUUACAUUCGAAGAAACUUGACAGUAUUAGAUUUUGAAUAUAGGAAUGAUUUAUGGGAGAGCUUAUUCCUAACCGCGCUGCAAAACACCAGUUUCGAGGGUGUAACAGGACCGGUACGUUUUUACGAUAAUGAAAGAAAGGCGAGCAUUCUGCUAAAACAAUUUCAAAACGGUUCCGAAGAAAAAGUGGGGGAAUACAGUGCUGCCACCCAACAUUUGGAUCUAACAUUAGGAAAACCACUCAAGUGGAUAGGGAGACAACCUCCAAAAGACCGUACACUAUUGAUAAUAGAGCACUCCCGAGUGAACAAGACUGUUUACGCAAUAUUGGCCACGUUGGCAUGUUGCGGCAUAAUUAUGGCGUCCGUAUUCCUCGCUUUUAACAUAAAAUAUCGAAACCAGCGUUACAUAAAGAUGUCCAGCCCGCAACUUAACAACCUAAUCAUUAUCGGGUGCAUGCUGACCUACACUAGUGUCGUCUUCCUGGGACUCGACUCGGGACUGUCCAGUAUAGAGGCUUUUCCGUACAUUUGUACCGCGAGAGCCUGGACCCUGAUGGCAGGUUUCUCUUUGGCUUUCGGCGCCAUGUUCAGCAAAACGUGGCGGGUGCAUUCGAUUUUUACCGACGUCAAACUUAAUAAAAAGGUGAUAAAAGACUAUCAGCUGUUUAUGGUGGUCGGCGUUCUUUUGUUCAUCGAUCUCGUUAUAAUGACCACGUGGCAAGUGGCCGACCCUUUCUACAGAGAAACCAAACAAAUGGAUCCGUAUCCUCAUCCUUCAAGCGAAGACAUAGUAAUUAUACCUGAAAACGAAUACUGUGCAUCUGAGAGGAUGACAUUAUUCAUAGGAUCUAUUUACGCGUACAAGGGAUUGCUCAUGAUUUUUGGCGCGUUUUUGGCUUGGGAGACCCGCCAUGUUUCGAUUCCCGCUUUGAACGACAGCCGCCAUGUUGGAUUAUCGGUCUACAACGUUGUCAUUAUGUGCAUAUGUGGCGCUGCUGUCGCUUUAGUUCUAGUGGAUCAUCAGGACGCCAUGUUUCUUAUUAUAGGUAUUUUCGUCAUGUUUUGUACGACUGCAACGUUAUGGCUCGUUUUUGUCCCGAAAAUGCUGGAACUGAGACGAAAUCCCGGGGGAUCCAUAGACAAACGUAUACGGGCAACGUUGCGGCCCCCUUCGAAAACAAGGAGAAAUUCGAGCGCCACAGAAAUGGAACACAAGUUACGAGAAGUAAAAGCGAUCAAUUCGAAACAUCGGAAAACUCUUAUGGAAAAAGAGGCAGAACUGCAGGCGCUUAUUCAACAGUUGGGAACCGAAGCCCGAGAAAUAUUAGGGCAGAGUACCGAAACGUUCACCGAUUCCAACAAGUUAUCGGUACCCCAGGUCCGAAAAGAAAUGCCCAGCGCCACCGAGACAACCGACAUCACAUCCGUGGGCAGCAUAAGCUCCCAAGACUUGAUUUCGAUACACCAAAGUGACAGUCAAAAACGAAAAAAAUCGACAAUAAUAAUCGACACAGCAAAGCAAAAGAGCGUGUCGCAGUCGAAACUCAACGAACCCGACAAGGUAAUUUUGAACGGCAACCUUACGAAACAAGAAACAGAACAGUCGUACCAAUAUCAGCAAAACAUUUCUCUCGUGCACAAAGAAAUUAAAUUCGCAACGCCGCAAAAAUCACCCGACGUCCAGAUCGUUCCUAAAGGAUUCCCAACGACCGUGGAAUCCGUAGAAAUCGACGAAGUAGACAUGGAAACAAAACUCGUAACAACUACGCCUGUAAAACACCCCCUUUCAACGACAACGCCAUCCAACGACAAAAAAUUCCAAUCAUCGACACCGCAUAGCGACAAAAAACAACUACCAUCAGUCGUACCAACUACUGAAAAGAAAUCUCAAUUACCAACGCCUACUAAAGACCGGAAAUCGCCGGGCAUCGAAAGGAAACGAUGUCGUACACCGGAGAGACAUUACGGGGACAGAAAACGGUCCAGCUUGAAAGAGAACAAAACUCGCAGCGUUACCAAUGAGGAAAGUUUCGACAGCGACGAAAUACCGUACGGAAGAAGGGUGAGUAUACCUUCUACAAAAACAACACCCAAGAAAAAGAUCGAAGGUGGUCAGCACGUUGUGGCUAAAAGUGAGCUAUGGGACACCGGGACCCAGCACAGGUGCAACAGACUCCAUCAAAAAAGUCCUAGAGUUAGUGUAUCAUCGCAAGAAGAAGAUGAAAGUGUGAUGCAUCGAUCAGCAUCUGAGAGAAAUCGUCACUCUCCGAAAUGCGAAAGAAGCCCUAGUAAAAAAGAAUCUCCAACAGGUACAAUAUGCACCCAACACAGUGGAAAAACGACUGGAUAUUAUCAAUCAACCCCAAACGUUGCAACUCUCAAAUCAACCGCCCUUUCUCCGAAGCAUACGAAAGAAAAAUCAAUGUGCAACGCCGCCUCCGAGUCCGAACUUUUAGAUCGCGAGAUUUUACCGAUUUUUCAGAAAUUAUUGACAGAAAGGAACAGGAGUCAACACAACAUUAACUACAGCUUCGGCAGGUCUUGUCCAAAUAUUUCUAUUAAAUGUGACAUCGUUGAAUAUUUAUAAAAAACAACUUAAUUAUUUCUUUGUA